AUUACAUCAGAAAGUAAUGAAUCAAAUUAUUUACCAUUGAAUACCGCGAUCGCAAGUGGAACGGUAGCAAUUGGUAUCGGGUAUACGCAGUUGGCAGAAUUUUCGGCAAGCAUAGAUAUACCAUGCAUGAGUCCAAACACUUACACAAAAUAUAUCGAUAGAUUGAGUGUAAAUAUUGAAACUACUGCAUGGGAUACGAUGAAACUAGCCGGUAUAGAAGAAAAAAGACUUGCGAUAGAAGCAGGUGAUAUCGAUGAAGACGGUACACCCAUGUGUCCGGUGAUUGCUGAUGGACAAUGGAGCAAGCGUAGCUACAAAACUAAAUAUGAUGCGUUUUCAGGAGCGGCCACUAUUAUUGGUUUUCGGUCAAAAAAAAUAUUGUUUGUGGGUAUACGAAAUCGUUAUUGUGUGAUUUGUGAAAGGGCUAAAAAUUUGGGUAAAAGUUCCGAAAAACAUAAAUGCUUUAUGAACUGGUCGAAAGGCGCAACUAGUAUUGAGGCUGAUGCUAUUUCUGAAGGUUUUUUAAGUAGCGUAAGCUUACAUGGAUUAAAAUACAAUAAACUGAUUGGCGAUGGUGAUAGUAGUGUUACUAAACGUCUACACGAAUUACUUCCGUAUGGUCCACGUCUAUUAGUAGAAAAAAUUGAAUGUAGAAACCAUAUUCUACGAAAUUAUUGUCAAAAAUUAAUGGCACUUACAAGAAAUACAACAUACCCCUGUUAUAUUCGUAAAUUUAUAAUUCGAAAUACAAUUCGAUUUCGUACAGCCAUUACCAAAUCUAUCAAAUACAGGAAAAAUUUAGAUCAGUCACUUUAUGAAAAAAUAGAAGGAUUACGUAAGGACAUACUGAAUGCACCUUAUCAUAUUUUUGGUCAACAUACAAAGUGUGAACAAUAUUUUUGUCCUGGACCAAAACAAUGUGAAACAAAUUUAGUCCCGGAGGUAAUAAAGUGUGGUCUAAUGAAUCAAAUUGACCAUAUUCUUCGUCGUGUAGUGGACAACGCCAAGAGUUUACUAUUCGAUAUUGAUAAUAAUUAUUGUGAACAAUUCAACAGUAUAAUCAACAAAUAUAUAGCCGGUAAAAGGUUAAAUUUCAGCCAAAAACAAUCCUACAACACAAGAGUUCAAGCAGCUAUAGUAUCAUUCAAUUCCGGUGGUGAAUAUAUUCGUAUGAUUCAUAAAAAUAUAACAAAGCAAAGCCCAGGACUAGUUGCCAAACGUUUUAUGAAAUAUUCAACUGACAAAAAAAAAAGUUUAAGAAAUAGACGAGCCCUUUUCUUAUCAAAAGGAAAGUAUAAAAAUAAAAAUUCAACAUCAAAAGGCCCGGAUGAAAAUUAUGGACUUGCAGAACCACUCAAUGAUUGUAUGUCUGAUGAAGAAUUUGAAAUUAAAAAAGUACAACAUAUUUUAUCGAUCACACUUUCUGAGUCAUCUAGAAAAUUGAUGGAAAUUGAAACUAGGAAUCAAGCUAAUAACCAAAAGUGGUUUGAAGAAAGACGAAAACGUUUGACAGCCUCCAAUUUUGGAAAAAUAUGUAAGAUGCGACCUCAUACAUCAUGUAAAAUAAUGGUACAUAAUAUAAUUUAUGGAAAUGUGAUUACCAACGCAACCGAAUAUGGUAAAAUAACUGAACAGAUAGCCAUAAAAUCCCUCACAGAAAUUAUUAAAAAACCAAUAGCAAAAUGUGGAUUGUUUGUCGACAGAAUGGUUCCUUACCUAGCAGCGACUCCGGAUGGGCUAAUCGGAGAGGAUGCGAUUUGUGAAAUUAAAUGUCCUUAUUCUGUUAAAAAUUACGAAAGUUUAGAAAAAGCGGUUUUUGAUAAAAAGCUACCUUAUAUGAAAGUUGUAAACAAUAUAUACACUUUAAAAGAAGAAAGCCAUUAUUUUUAUCAAAUACAAGGGCAAUUACAUAUCACUGGUCGCCAAAUAUGUAUUUUUUUUAUUUACACAUCAAAAUGGACUCAUCUUGAAGUUAUAAGGUAUGACGAUGUAUUUUGGGCUUCAAAAAUGGAAGCGCAUCUCAAAUUGUAAGUAUUGCAGUACACAUAGGACAUAGGUACUUAAUUUUACAUUGAAUCGUAUAUAAUAUUCAUUCAAUUUUAUUUGUAGAUUUUACGAAGAGUGCUUACUCAGAGAAAUUAUAGACCCUCAAUAUAGUAAAAGAUUAUUAAAAAGUGACAUUAUUGAGCCUCCACAUAUAAUACAAAACAUGAAAAAUUUACAAGAUAAAAAAAAUA